AAUAGAACAACAAAAUGAAAAUAACAAACACGUUCAUCUACCUGACAAACUUUGACAAUUUGUGAUUGCGUUUCAAUUUCAAUUGAUUUUUAAUUUAUAGGAAAAGUUCUAUUAUUUCGUUGCCGAAGUUAUUAGUUCAUUGAGCAAUGAAAGCUUUGAAUGUGAUAAUUAUUUCUGUACCGUGUCGCUUUUAAACUAAAUCAUGUCUAUGCAAAUGGAUGAUGAGUUCUGUGAGGUAGAUUUUACUACAGCUACUUCUUGGGAAAAUUUCACUGCUCGUUUGGAAGAGAUAUUUUUCACCUGGAAUCUAUGUCAAGUACCAGAAGAUAGUGCUUUUGAAAACUGUGAAACAUUCUCAUUCAAUUUGGAUACCUGGUACAAGAAAAAUGAAAAGGUUGAUUUUGAAGGAAAAGAAUACGAGAUCUCCUUCUAUCACAAACAGUCGAAUCAGUUGAAUCAACUGAAGAGUAAUGACAGAAAAGAAGACACGGAAAACGCCAAUGAUGAGAAAAUUAAAAACACCAAGUCCAUUAAGGAAUACCUACCUUUGGAUGUGAAUUGUUUAUCGAAAAAUGUUUCGAAAUUUGGUUUUAAUGAGAAAUUAACCAAAUUGGUUCGUAUUUACGACCUGAAUGAUUUCGUUUUACUCACUCCUUAUACCGAUUCAUCGAAUGUAUUCGCUUCUGAAACUGCUGUUAAGUUGUUGAUGAGCUCUUUUUGUAUUGCUGCGUAUAAUACUCGUUGCUAUGUGCCAAUAUUUUUGCAAGUUUAUCAUAUUUGGCAAAAUUGUUUUUUGGGAGUGUCAGUGAACGAAGAUGGAUUUCGAAGUGAUUAUCAAAUGGUUCAUUUAGCCAAAGUACCUUCCAAGUUGCAAUAUUUUUCUGGCUUAAUAGAUUUAUUUAAAGCUAAAACUUCCCACGUAUCGUUGGAUGAUUCUGUCUGGGCAUCUGUUAAAUUUUCCUAUUCGAUCUCAGACUUUACUUAUUUGGCAUGGCCAAUAAUUCCCAAGCCUACAAUUAUUAAUCCGGAAGAGAAUGAGGAACAAGAAGUCGAACAGAUCUCUUUUUCUUUAUCCUUUGGAGCAGUUUGCGAACCUAUCAACGAUAUACAUUUACACGUCGCAUGGCCUAGAGUUUACGAAAAUAUGAUCAGCGAUAACGAAAAUCAUACCGAUUUUAUCCCGUCAACAGCUCCAAACUGGUCGUUAAAAAUACACUCCAAAGACACCAAGCAUUUAUUAGGACAACAAAUGGGUCAAUUUUUACAAAUAUGUAAAUCUUGCACCAUUCUUAAUGAUCUAAUUUCUGAUUUAUUGAAGAGGAAAAAUUUCAGUCCUGUUGAUGUGAAUGUUCCUGCAAGUCUCUCGCUAUCUAAAAUAAUCAGCGGAGGAAAUACCAGUAACAGUAGCGGUGGUAAUAAUGAAACCAAACGAUCCAAGAAAUUUUUACCUGAAGAUAUUUUGGUUUCAAUGCUGUAUUAUUUAUUCCCGGAUGCAGAUGCUGACAAUACCCACCCGUACGUGAAAAAUGCCUCAGAAGAUGCGAAAGUGGACGCAUCUUUGAAAGGAAUGAAAACUUGUUUAUUUGAUGAACUUCCUUGGCGAUUAAGCGUAAUAAUGUGUGUAAUCGUUCAUUUGUAUGGAGAAUAUGCUGCUGCCCAAUUUUGGUAUGAAUUCACUCAAGAAUUGCGCUUCCGAUGGGAUAAGAGUUUGAAGAUACCCGGUGUACAAAAAGGUGUUCCAAAUCAUAAGACAAGUUUAUUAAAUCAAAAAUUACAAAUGUUGAAUUGUUGUAUUCAGAAACGAAUCAAAAGGGAAAACAUCAACGCCACUUCUGACGAUUCAGAUGGUCAAAAUUUACCUACUAAAUUCGAAUCCGAGGACGAAGAAUUUUUCGAUUGUCAGACCGAAUCCAAAGAAUCGAGAGAAGACGGUGAUAAUAUCCCGAGACCUAAAAUAUCAUUAUGGAAUCAACCAGAGGGACGACUUCGAAAGUUCAAUAACCUCAGAUUGAUCGAAACCGGGGAUUAUAUGUAUAUUCCUAUUACGCAGGAAAUGACACCAAAAACUGAGGAUCAGUUGGAAGAUGAUGCCGUUGUUUUAAUGAAAUUAGGCUCCGAUUCGCACGGAUCCAAGUUGCGAGCCCGAAUGAUGUGUGCUUCUCUCUAUUCCGACAUGGAAUCUUUUAAGGCUGCUAACCCUGGAGCCAUAUUGGAAGAUUUUAUACGCUGGUAUUCCCCUAGGGAUUGGAUCGAAAGUAAUGAAUCGGAUAAAUACGGUCAAAAGAAAGGUAAAUUAAGCAAUCGAAUGUUAUUGCCGGGUAAUAUGUGGAAAGAAGUGUGGGAUAAUAGUAUACCAGUGCCGGCUACCAGACAAAAAUGCCUUUUUGACGACACCAAAGAAUCUGAAAAAGUUUUACACUUUUUCGAAUCUCGUAAAAAUUUAUCAGACGUGUUUUCUUUACUCAUACCUACUCUUACUCACGCUGGUUUAUACGUUGUUGUGAACGAUGAAACUGUCAACAUGAUGAGACGCUAUUCGUCAUCGUUAGACGAACGAAUCGUCUCAUUGGUGCAGAAAACCGUCAGCACAACGAGGAAUAAUAUCGAUUUAACGCAAUAUAAGGUUGUUGCCGAUGAAAUCAGUGACAUUGAAAAGAUCGUUAUGCGAUACAACUCUUUGCAAUUCAAACUUUUCCCAGAAGAAUCUUUUGAAGAAGAAGAAAGAAAAAUAUUAAUAGAGCAUGUACUCAACCAAAACGAAAUUAUUGUCCCUAAUGGACCAGAUUCCAAACUUGGUCGUCGACUCAUUUAUUUAUUCGCCAAGGAAACGGAGUACAAAACUGCGCAACAUGCCAGUGCAAUAGAAAAACACAAACGGGGCGAAAGCAGUUUCAUCUCCAGCACCAACGAAGCUCUUCACCACACCGCAUCUUCAAUCAGUCAAGCAAUCGCUCAUCAUCGUGGAAGUGAAGCUCGUCAUAACGCAAUCACAGCGUCACCGUUUCAAAAAGAAUUUGUAUUGUAUGGCUCUUCAUCAUUGCCGCAUGUAUCGUCUCGUCUCGGUCAGCACAAUUUGACAGCUCAUGUUUGCUCUGAAGAAAUAUUUCUAGCUACCAAUAUCAUUCGAGACUCAGUCUUCGUUUAAGUUACCUACUACCGUUCAUUACCCAAUAAUUUGUUUAAAUUUUUUUCAAUAGAUUUUACAUUACUUUGCUAGUAAUUACGAGAACAUAGAAUGUAUUGCUUGAAUCGACCAUAUAUAAUUGUUAAUUACUUGAUGUUAAUUGAUGGUCAACUUCCAAAUAAAGUGCUAUGAUUUUAGUAAA